GAUUUGAAGAAUUCUGUGGAAUGUGCCGAAGCGGAAACGGAAGCUGCUGAUCUUUAUCUCCCUGGUUCCUUUUGGGUCUGAGAGAGAAAGGAGAGAAAAGAGGCCGUGAGGUCUGACGAGACGCUGAUCUAAUUUCCCCUGGUUGAAACUUUUACCUACCAAAAUGUCAAAACGGCCAUCUUACGCGCCACCACCCACCCCAGCCCCCACAACCCAAAUGCCCAGCACACCGGGGUUUGUGGGAUACAAUCCAUACAGCCAUCUGGCGUACAACAACUACAGGCUGGGAGGGAACCCGGGCACCAACAGCCGGGCCACGGCAUCAUCGGGUAUUACAAUCCCCAAACCCCCAAAGCCUCCAGAUAAGCCACUUAUGCCCUAUAUGAGGUACAGCAGGAAGGUCUGGGACCAAGUGAAGGCGUCCAACCCUGACUUGAAGUUAUGGGAAAUUGGGAAGAUCAUUGGAGGGAUGUGGCGUGACCUAACUGAUGAAGAGAAGCAAGAAUACUUAAAUGAAUAUGAAGCAGAAAAGAUAGAGUACAACGAAUCAAUGAAGGCCUAUCAUAAUUCACCUGCUUACCUUGCCUAUAUCAAUGCCAAAAGUCGUGCUGAAGCUGCAUUGGAGGAGGAAAGCCGGCAAAGGCAAUCCCGAAUGGAGAAAGGUGAACCUUAUAUGAGCAUCCAGCCUGCUGAGGAUCCAGAUGAUUACGAUGAUGGAUUUUCUAUGAAACAUACUGCUACUGCCCGUUUCCAGAGAAACCAUCGCUUAAUUAGUGAGAUCCUAAGUGAAAGCGUAGUCCCUGAUGUUAGAUCUGUGGUUACUACAGCAAGAAUGCAAGUCCUCAAACGCCAAGUACAGUCAUUAAUGGUUCAUCAGCGUAAACUUGAAGCUGAACUCCUUCAAAUAGAAGAACGUCAUCAAGAAAAAAAGAGGAAGUUUUUGGAAAGCACAGAAUCUUUUAACAGUGAGCUUAAACGGCUCUGCAGCCUGAAGGUAGAAGUGGACAUGGAGAAAAUUGCAGCAGAAAUUGCGCAGGCUGAAGAACAAGCCCGUAAGCGGCAGGAAGAAAGGGAGAAAGAGGCUGCAGAGCAAGCUGAACGCAGUCAGACCAGUAUCAGCACUGAGGAGGAACAGGCAGCCAGCAAGACAGAGGAGAAAAAAGAAGAGGGAACUCCUCCCAUGGAAACAGAACCUCCUCCAGAAGAAGCUAUUGAGAAUCAGCAGAAUGGUGAAGGGACGUCCACUCCUGAAGACAAGGAGAGUGGGCAAGAAGGUGUUGAAAGCAUGGCAGAGGAAGGAACAAGUGAUAGCAAUACUGGUUCAGAAAGCAAUAGUGCCCUAGCUGAAGAACCCCCACCUGACCCAGUAACUUCAGAAGAUGGUGAAAAGAAAGAGUAAAAAAAAAAGUCAGUUCUUUCCAUAUAGGUCUUCCCUUUUUCAAAAGAUUCGUGAAUUGUAGUGGCGUUGAUAUGUAAGCUGUCAUUAGUAUUGUUUUUUGUAGAUUGUUGCACAAUAUAAUCCAUGCAUUUUUUAAUCUAUAUGCUAUGAUAAAAACAUAGUAGUUACCGAACAAUAUGAUUUACAAGAAUAGCAUCAUAUUUCUUAAUUUAGUUUUAUGAUUGAUUUUGUUAUUUUCCUAUAUCUAAGCCUUUGAAAAGUUACCUUAUUCUCAGUAGUGGGCCGCUUAGGGUGAGAUUUAUGUAUUCCAAAUUAUAGUUUCUUUCAAAUCUGAUCAAUAUUAUUACUUAUAGAAACUAUAGAAUUUAAAUAACUGCUCAUUUUCAACAAAAAUGUCCCAUUUUUACUACAUCCAAAACAAGUGCUACAUUGAACCGUGCAGUUCAUUCAAAAUCAAAUUUUCUGCCUCUCCAGAAUACUUUUUAAAAAUAUUAAUUUUAAAUGUAUAAUAAAAAUAGUAUGUUCAACUUCACAAAGGAAAAAAAAGCAUCAAAACAAGUACAUAAAAAUCAUAGGAUAUCUAAUUCUCCUUAUAGUUCCCUGUUUUGGGAUCUGUAAAAGAAAAACACCUGCACUGUUGCAUAUGCUAAAGACUUUCAUCACUAAAAGCCAACAUUGAUAAAAUUAUAUUCCUAAUUUUUAUAACUUCUAAACCCCAAAGUCUUUCAUCUGUUGUUCACUGCUUAGCUUAUUUGUUUGCUUUAUUAUUUUUUCUCCCUUGCAGCAAUUCAGGUUCUUGUGCAAGCAGAAUACACAUUCUCCCAAGGCACAUGACUCUUUAGGCCAUUCUUGUCCAAAAUAUAAUUGCGUUAUUCACAUUCACUUUGUUCAGAGUAAUGUGGGAUUCUUUUUGGAGGGCUCUCUUCCGCCCCGCCCCUCCCCCAACAAUACUCUUUGAUGCCUUGGCUGACAAUGAUUUUAUGUGUGGUACAACAUAAUUCCUGGCAGUUGCUUAAAGCUUAUCAAGCUUUUCUCCUUCACACCUGUACCAAGCAGUAAAAGUAUAAUGUAGUCUUCAGUAAACAAUUCUCUAACAAUGGAAGCCCGAAAUAUUUCUUGCACCUUCAUGUAGUUUUAUUUUUAAGCAUGAGCCAUUGAAGUUUUGCUUUAGGGUUAAAAUCUCCAAGGAAUUUAAGUAAAAGAUAGUAACUUUAACUAAAGAAAGGCACUACGUUUUGUAGAAAUUUCCUAAUCCAUUGUUGCUUUAUAGAUUUGUAAUGGCUUUUAUUUAGAUUCUCUCUUUUUUACUCUUGUUUAUUCAAAAUGUUUUUUGAUAUAAUAAACCAGUACUUGUUUUCAAACAGUGAAACAA